ACAUGCCGUUAUCAGGUCGAUUCUCACUACCUAUCUACACUACGGACGGUAACACUGAACAGGAAGGAUCGUCUUUCACGGGUGGAUUCACACGAACAGUGACAGUAUUAAGCGACUAACCCAGUUUUUUAACAGCCUGUGGAGUGUGAUUUUUACGUUACAGCGGGACUGGUGAUUCUUGUAGAUCGCUGGCGGUAAACUGCACGCGACAGUCGAGUUGCCUCUCUAAUACAAGCUCUGGAUGAGGAGGACACUGUGAGUCCGAGGACCAGUAGAUGGGAGUAAGGAAAGAAGCAACUUCUACAGAGCGACCUGAAUUUCUGGAGUAAGGACUAAGGUGUACCAUACGAUGACAGUGCGGUUGUACAGGACAGUACCAGCUUAACAGAGAUCACUUAUUUCCUCAAGCACAUGGCUUCAGGGUUGCCAUGCAAGACACAGGGACGUGGUACGAGCGAAAAGGUGGCUAAAGUCUUCACUGGUCUGUUUCAAGCACUUUCAUAUUGCUUGACCUGCUCCGGAUUCAGAGGACGCGUCACUGACUGUUGAUUUUGUUAAAACCGAGCAAAGAAUUUCAAACGGACCACUCGACAAAUUCCGUGUUUGGCUUAAAGGACAGCGACGAAAGACAAGAUAUUUAUGAGUUCUGGGACGAGAAAAGUCAACACGCGAAUUGAAAUACUGCAACGAAAACAGUAAUAUAAAAAAUUACAGUAGCAGCAACAGCGAAAGAGAGAGAGAGAGAGAGAAAGAAAGAAAGAAAAAAACAGAGAGAGAAAGAAAAAAAAAGAGAAAAGAAAACUGAUUUUAUUUCGGGUGUAUUGUUGCAAUAGCUACUGUCAUUUCUACGCACUGUGGUUACUGAAGCCGAUCGCGGAUUACUAUUGCGAAAGGUCAACAAAGUCGCUAGCCACAGAACAAGAUUAGACUUUGUACUAUUUGGCAUGGCUAAUUUUCGCUUUGUAUCUAUUUGCUAUCAUCUCCAAGAGGACAAGACGCGACACACGUCAAGGUAGAGCUCAUAAUUCGUGGAAGAGGAAAAAAACUACAAAAAACCAACCCCGUGUAUUACGGGUAUCUGUAACGUUUUUGGAGAGACUAUUUCGAACAUCCUUACAGCGAAACAAGUAUUUUUACUGUGUGUUAAAGGCGUUUUACGCUGUUUGGCUAUAACAGUGCUGUGUUGAUUCUGUCCAGUGUACUUUUAUAAGUCUUAGAGAGAGAAGAAAAAAAAACCCCUCAAAGCAUCAUCUAAAUGUUUUACGCAACAUGCAUUGUUGGAUCGUUUAGCGCUGGAAUUUGAGACCGGGAACCAGUCAGCUAGCAGGGAUUGGGGGUGUGUAUCAUGUAGGGAAGAUGUCAAGAAUCAACCGUGUUUGUCAAAAGUAUUUGUUUCCUUGCUGUAAAAGCAAAUAUAGCACGAACACGAUAAAAUUGCCACAUUUCCCCCAACUUCUGAACUUGAACUAGUGCAACGAAACCAGCUUUGCGAUUUUCCACCUCAAGCCUUUGUUGAAAAAUUGUUUUCUGUGCGAAACGGUGUGUUCAGCUAUUACUAGAAACAUCAGCAGAAACAGUAACUUCAACAACAGAAGACGACAGAAGAGACGGAAGGAAGAAUAGCAGUGAUAACACAACAACAGCAACAAUAACAAUAACAACAAGGCAAACAAGAGUAGAAUCAUCUGAGCAGCAACAAAGACAAAAACAACUGUAGCAAUAGCUGCAGCAGGAGCAAUAUCAAACAGACGACAACUCAAAUUACAAUUCAUAAUGCGCGCUAUGUGAAUAAAAUCAGAGUUAAUGUAGUACAAUUACAUUACACGGAGCGCUAUAUUCCCACCAAAGGAUUAACUGAAUUAUCGUCAAGUGGUCAGUGUCGUCUGGACACUAUCGAUUUCAGGUUAUUUCAACUCCCAAGGAUUGUGUUAAUGGAAUGGUGGUUUAUAAUGCUUCAGCCAGAAGCAGCAGCCUUAUAAUUGCACAGUUAAACAGCGAUUUGAGAUGCAUCACGGAAACAAUUUAUAAGCAAUACCAUAUGCAAGUUAGGUUUGGAAAAUAUCAGUUUUGUCUCUGAUCUGCUUCGAGACAUUGUUCUGGAACUGUCAUGCACCAGAAUAUGAAUUAAAUACAGAUCUACUUUGUGUAGCAUUGUUAACAAAUUGUUUAGAAAUAGACGAUUUUAAUUGUUAAAUAUCAUUAAAGAAAAGAGGAUAUUAAUCUUUCAAACAAGACUUAACUUUAUUUGAAAAAUCUCACAUAUAAAUCAAAAAUAUAAUCGCUAGCGCAUUAGCCAUUGUUUUAUAAACGCCUGAAUAACCAUCUUUACAGGUUUUGUUUCGUUUUCUGUGACUUGGUGUUUUGUCUGUAAUUCAAACGCACACACAAUCUCUGAUCAUGCGCAUCCACGUCAGAUACGCCUUUGUCGGAGGGACGUUAUUUCUUGCUGUGAUUUUCUUCAAAGUCUACCUAAUGACCUGGACCACGGUGUCGCGCGAUGACAUCACUUCCGGUUUGAACACGUCGGACAAGGUCAUCGUCGGUAACCCUCUGAUCAGCGAAUACGGGCGGAACGACGCUCGUCUGGCCGGCGAGCUGGGGCGGGGCGUCGUCUUGGUUUCCGAGGAGAAGACGAAGGCGGAAUGGGCAAUGAGGGAGUACCGCGUCAACGUGUUCGCCAGCGACAUCAUCCCCCUCAACAGACUCGUGCCGGACUCCAGGCCACCAAGCUGUAAAGACAUGAAGUACCCCUAUGACCUUCCCACAACCAGCGUGGUGAUUCCGUUCCAUAACGAGUGGCCCUCCAUCCUGCUGAGAACAAUCUACAGUCUGAUUAACCGGACACCCAAGCACAUCCUCAAACAGGUCAUCCUGGUGGAUGACGCCAGUGACCUAGACACAUUAAAAUCUAACUUCGAUGAAUACGUGAAGCAACAUUUUCCAAAAGGCCUGGUGACAAUCAUCCGGUUGCCUAAGCGUUCUGGUCUGAUCAAAGCGAGGUUGCGGGGGUUUGAACUCGUCACCUCCGAGGUGGUGUCGUUCUUUGACAGUCAUAUGGAGGUCAACCUCCAUUGGCUGGAGCCACUGCUGGUUGAGAUCAAGAAGAACCGAAGCACGAUUGCCAUGGCUCACCUGGAUUACAUCAAGGCGGACACCAUGCAGUACGACUUUGAGCCGGGCUACAAGACCAGAUAUGGUUUCGACUGGAGGCUCAUUUUCUUCGAGACCUACUUCCGGCUCGACCAGCAGGCCUCGAAAUCGGAGGUCGACCCACUUCCCGGUGUUGUCAUGGUAGGGCCGGCCUUUGCAGUUGACGUGAAGUAUUUUAAAGACAUUGGAACUUAUGACAGUGGCAUGGAAAUCUGGGGCGGAGAAAACAUCGAGUUGGCUUGGCGUGUGUGGUUAUGUGGUGGCCAGCUACUUCACUCGCCGUGUGCUAAGGUGGGUCACAUCGCGCGUGCCCAGCCCUACUCGUUUCCAGCCGGCCGCUACCAGACGGAGAUUCAUAACUACAAACGCGCUGUCGACGUCUGGAUGGGGCCCUACAAAAAAUAUGUCUACGACUAUUUCCCAGAUAUGAAGAAUAUGGAUGCAGGAGAUAUAAGCGAGCGACUAAAAAUCAAAUCGAAAUUAAAGUGUCGUACGUUUGACUGGUACCUCAAAAACGUUUGGCCGGAACUAUUUCCUUAUGCAGAAAAUGUAUUUGCUUGGGGUGGCCUCGAGAACGUGGAAACUAAGUACUGCCUGGAUAACGACGAGUACUUGUUCCAGGCACCAGUCAAACUGAUCGUGAAGCCGUGCACGUUUACACUGUGGUUGCAGGGUUUUUCCUGGACUCGCGAAUUCAGGUUGAGGACCACACUACAGUGUGUGGUAGUCUUGAUGGAGGGAAUGGAGAAUAUUCCAUACCUACAGAACUGCAUUGAGGGACCGAAAGACACGUGGAAUCACACACCGGAUGGUGAACUGAGGCACCAGAAGACAGGACUAUGUCUGCAGCUAAUGGCAGGUCCCAUGUUGUCUAUGCAAGCAUGUGACAAACAGAAGACGAGUCAGCAAUGGCGGUUUAAAAACUACACAGCUACCUACAGACAUUUAAUCAACAAAAGACAACUCCAUCGAGGGAGAUAACCCCCUCGAAUAAUCAAAGUAGAAUACAUGGACAAAACAAGGUUAAUCGAGUGAUAAUGCAGUCCUGGCGUGAAAAUGGAAGCAUUCGAAAACAGCAAUAGUAUUAUCUGGGACGAUGAUGGUUUCAGUGGAAGAAUAUUACCGGACGACCAAUUCCUUAAAAUGUCAAUCGUGGAACAUUCUGAAGCGAGAAACAUGAAUAUAACUAGUCGUUAGUCUCGGUAAUGGAAGAUCCAGGGUUUAAUUUGCAUAGCCAAGAUUUUUUAUUGGAAGGAGGCUGCCAACCACACUAUCUACGACUCGUGCUGUGGGGCAAUAGGGAAAUAUAAAGGUGGUGGGUGGGGGGAAAUAGAUGAACAUGGAGGGCAUGGCUACCAUCCCUCCGCCCCCACCAUCCCGUCUACUCCAUUGCAGGAAUUCUUAACGCGGUCAAGGCUUACGUCCCGGAGUCUACGUGGCGGCAGCGGGUUUUGUUCUCUGUCUCUUUUUCUGUCGACCAAGGGUCGAAUUGACCUUAUGUUACAUACAACAUAGCCCGCGGUUUAAAAAUACGUUCAUGUGUCGUUACUAUGUGCCUCGCUGGACGAUGUUUGAAUCUUAGAUGCUCUUAUGUCUUAUGUGUUUCCUAGAGCAUUGGUAUUCAUCUUUCUGUGAUUCAGAAAGUGGUGUUGGGUACUCGAUAUAGUGACACGAAACCCAACCAUAUCCUUUGACUCGGUUGGCACUGUCAUAAAGGAGGACAAUGUUGAUGAUGCACUCUGCUGAAUAGUUAUGUGGUAUGUAUAAUAAAGUGAAGCACAGGCUUGACGGUGUUUAACAAGAAAGUAAUCCAAAUAAAUACAUCUUUAGAGGAGAAACAUGCAGGUCUGCCCAGUGUCGCGCAUCUUGCGGGAGAUUGACGCAUUUUUACUUUAUUACGCUCUAGCGCGACAGUGUAGGUUUAUAAAUGCAUUCUUACGCAAACACACAAAAUCAAUGCAUUAUGCUUCACACAACACGACUGCCUUAUCUGCUACAAAUUGUUGCUAGACCUACAGCAAGCAGCAGGCACGGCGGAAGCAAGUCGACAUUGGGUGGGGUGUGUGUGGGAGUGGGGGUGUCUGACAGUUCGAGGGCUCAAAGCAAAUUUUCUCGGGAGGGUUCGGGGGUUUGCUAAUCCAUAUCAUUUUGAAAAGUAGAAAUCAAUAUCCUACAUUCUACAAGUAAAAUUCAUCUCUGCUUUAAGAUUUACUACCAGUAAUAUUUGUUAUUCAGAUUGAAUUAGCUCCCCCCUGCUCCCGAUCCGCCGUGCCUGAGCAAGUCUAAACUUGUAGAUGUCACAUACGAAGACGGUACGUAUUGCAAUAUCGAUAACCAAUUAUGGUGCACUGAAGUGGAUAACCGAAUACCAGUCGAGCAAACGCUAAAAAUAGUUGAUCGGUUUAAUGAUCGAAGAUAUUUGCGAUGGAUGCGUCAUAUUAGUGUUUAGCUUUAUUCGACAUCCGCAUCAUUGUUUGUCAUAAACAAAAGGGACCCCCCCCCCCCCCCAUCUCCGCCCCACGUUAGCAUAGUAUUUAAACCAUUGUACGGCUUAAAACCUUGCGUGUGGUAACAAUGAGACUUUAUAAAACAUUUUUAUAUUGUGUUUUCCCCAAACGUGAAAAUGCAGACGAUAAGAUGUUACUUGGACAUGGAUAUGUUUAUGACAGUCGUAUACUGAACAAAUUAGAAUAGUUUAUAUUUCUGACCUCUUUAAUUUAUUUAUCUUUUAAGCUCUUUGUUUAAAAACGUAUCCAACUCACUUUCGCACGUUAGAAACGUUUUAAAACAAUUCGUUGUAAGAUAAAUGUCAUCUAACGACCACUCGUGUAGUGUUUUGUAUGUCAAUCAUUGUUUAUGUUGUUUUUCUUGAGUUUUAUUAUUAUUAGUAGAAGUCGUAUUUAAAAAAAAAAAGAGUUCGUUUCUGUUGUUUAACAUGGCUGUGCUAUUUUCUAUUCGGCCACUUUUAGUUGUUAUGUUGAAGUAGUCUUUUGACAAUAGAUCUACUGGGACAAUGUUUUUUAUGAUCUCAGAUUAUGAGCAAAUUUGACUUAUUUUGCUGGAAUAUGGUCAGUAUGUCGAAAAUAACGUUUAGACAAAAAUCACUAAAAUUAAAAUGGUACUAUUUUGUAUUUAUCAGGGUGGGUGAGUACCCUCUUUCACUCUCACCACGCUAACAGUCGACAGUUUAUCCUGAGAAAUGUCAAAGAUGUUGGCGCUAGGUCGUGUUUCAUUACACCUACCGUACAGAAGUGGCUGUGUCAUUAGUGCUAAUGAUCCCUAGCAAUGUGCUGUUUGACUCUGUAUGCAAUAUCAUUAGCAAAUACUCCUGUUGCAACACAUGCACACACAUCAAACAUGUUGCGGGCGAUUCUGUGUCAUAGGUUCGAGUCCUAGCAACGGCAUGGGACAAUUUGUGAGGCCAGAAAGGAUUUAAUUAUUCACUAUGCCAGUGCGUUAAUAUAUAUGUAUGUAACAGUCAACCUCGAUAUAGAUAUUCAUACAUCAAU